AUAUUAUCAACGCCGUUUUCCGAAAGUCUCAGUUUCUUGACGUUUCCCGUUUCCAGCUCGAUACAGGUCGAGUAUGGGCGCUCCGAUCAUCCCAUUCCACACUUCUGUUUGAAGAGCCAAGCAGGGGCUGGUGGAUAUAAACGAAACAAACUGCAUAUACUAGAAAAGAAUUCGCCAUCGGCUGAUCUCUUGGACGUGUCUUUUUCCGUCGAGCUGAAUUCAUGGCUCCGGCCAUCUCCGAGAGAGUCGAGCUGGCCAAUUUUUGUCGCUCUAAGGACUGGUCCAAAGCCAUCAGAGUCCUCGACUCGCUCAUAGCAAAGUCCUGCACCGUUCAAGACAUAUGCAAUAGAGCAUUUUGUUACAGCCAAUUGGAGCUUCACAAGCAUGUAAUUAAGGACUGCGAUAGGGCGCUUCAACUGGAUCCCUCGCUUCUUCAAGCUUAUGUGCUCAAAGGUCAUGCAUACUUUGCCUUGGGAAAGAAAGGAGACGCUCUUUCUAUUUGGGAGAGAGGUUACCAGUAUGCUCUGUGUCAAUCUACAGACCUGAAGCAAUUGCUAGAACUGGAAGAGCUUCUGACGAGAGAAAAACAAGACAAUAACAAUGUGGAAAAUGGAGAAGUGGAAUCUGGAUUUUCAACCGUUGUUCUUGAAUCAGGAGUUACAUCUGUUAGCAGAAACUUUAGAGAAACAAAUAAUAAUGUAGGUAAACUAAUGGAACGCCCUGAUUUCUGCAUGAAGCCAAGUGAUUCAUCUGAAGUUUGCAGCAUCUCAAGUGACAAUCUUGUAGUAUGUGAAGGCGGAACUGAAGAAGUUGGUCCAAGUAGUGAUAUUAAGUGUGAAAGCAAUGGGUGUACUGACAAUGAUGAUAGAUUAAGUGAUACUUCCAAAUUGCAUGAUUUAAGAAGUGAUAUGCCUGAGUUUUGUAAUAAAUCCAAAUUAACUGCUUUUCAUAGCAAAUCAAGUGAUUCUACUGACAUUUUAAGUAAGUCAAGUAAAAUGUCAGAUGGACGAGGUAAUAUAAGUGAUGAAGCCAGGAGAACCAAAAAAUUCUCUGUUGCUAAAAUUUCAAAGACUAAGUCAAUAAGUGUAGACUUCCGACUAUCAAGAGGCAUAGCUGAGGUCAAUGAAGGGAAAUAUGCUAAUGCUAUUUCGAUCUUUGACCAGAUAUUGAAGGAAGAUCCUAGUUAUCCUGAAGCAUUAAUUGGAAGAGGAACAGCUUAUGCAUUUCAAAGAGAAUUGGAUGCUGCUAUUAGUGAUUUUACAAAGGCUUUAGAAUCAAACCCAUUUGCUGGUGAGGCAUGGAAACGAAGAGGGCAGGCUCGGGCUGCAUUAGGGGCAUCUGCUGAGGCAAUUGAAGAUUUAACUAAGGCGUUAGAGCUUGAACCGAAUUCUGCAGAUAUUUUACAUGAAAGGGGAAUUGUUAAUUUCAAAUUCAAGGACUUCUAUGCUGCCGUGGAGGACUUGUCUGAAUGCCUGAAGCUUGAUGGGUCCAAUACAUCUGCAUACACAUACUUGGGCUUGGCAUUGUCUUCAAUUGGUGAUUACAAAAGGGCCGAGGAGGCACACUUGAAAUCUAUUCAAUUAGAUAGAAAUUUCCUCGAGGCAUGGAGCCAUCUAACUCAGUUCUAUCAAGAUUUGGCAAAUUCAACUAAGGCUUUGGAAUGUCUUCAUCAAGUUCUUCAGAUUGACAGCACGUUCGCAAAAGCAUAUCAUUUGCGUGGGCUAAUUUAUCAUGGGAUGGGGGAACACAGAAAGGCUAUCAAGGAUUUGUCUACUGGGUUGAAAAUUGAGAAUGCCAACAUCGAGUGUUUGUAUUUGCGAGCUUCCUGCUACCACGCUAUUGGAGAAUAUGGAUUUGCGGUCAAGGACUAUGAUGCUACCUUGGAUUUGGAUCUAGAUUCCAUGGAGAAAUUUGUGCUUCAAUGCCUGGCAUUCUAUCAGAAGGAAAUUGCUUUGUACACCGCAUCUAAAAGCAAUAGUGAAUUUUGUUGGUUUGAUAUUGAUGGGGAUAUUGAUCCACUAUUCAAGGAGUAUUGGUGCAAACGAUUGCAUCCAAAGGAUGUUUGUAAAAAGGUUUUCAGACAACCUCCAAUACACGAGUCUUUAAAGAAAGGUAGACUUAGAAAGCAAGAACAUGGGAUGACAAAGCAGAAGAUAUCUCUUCUAUUGGCUGCCGAUACUACUGGGAGAAAAAUCCAGUAUGAUUGUCCUGGAUUCUUGUCAAACCGGCGUCAGCAUCGCAUGGCAGGAUUAGCUGUCAUUGAUGUUGCUCAAAAGGUUUCGAGAACUUGGCGUUCACUGCAAGCAGAAUGGAAAUGUUCCAAUAAAAGUAACUCCAAGCAUGGUAAAAGAGCUCGGAGAAGAGAAAGGCCCAGUAUAUCCAGCCAGAAUAGAGGUGGUGCAGGUUGUAGUACUAGUAGCUUUUCAGAAACAUCUUCAAGUUCCCAGCUAGAAGAUAGAUUAUCUGGUCAUAAUUUUAUUUCAUGGCAAGAUAUCUUCUCUGUAGCUGUCAAGUGGAGACAAAUUUCUGAACCUUGUGAUCCUGUUGUGUGGAUUAACAAACUCAGUGAAGAGUUCAAUUGUGGAUUUGGAUCUCAUACACCGAUGAUUCUUGGCCAAGCAAAAGUGGUUCGUUACUUUCCAAAUUUUGAGAGGACAUUAGAAGUUGCGAAAAUGGUUAUUAAGCACAAAUCCUUUGUGUACAACAAGUCAGACAUGAUGGUGGACCUGAGUGAGGAUGGAAAAUUACAAAAUAUUAUGCAAGCAAAGUCGUGCUCUGAUCUUUAUGAAGUGGUUGGUGAGGAUUUUUGGUUGGCUACGUGGUGCAACAGUACUGCUUUUGAGGGGAAGCAACUUGAAGGAACAAGGAUUACACUAGUCAAGAUGGGAGAGCAUGGAUUUGAUUUUGCAAUCAGAACUCCAUGUACACCUUCCAGAUGGGAAGAAUUUGAUGUUGAGAUGACGAUGGCAUGGGAAAGCAUAUGCAAUGCUUAUUGCGGAGAAAACUAUGGAUCUAUGGAUUUUAGUACUCUAGAACCUGUGAGGGAUGCAAUUCUAAGGAUGGUCUAUUACUGGUACAAUUUUAUGCCACUAUCAAGGGGCUCUGCUGCUGUCGGAUUUGUUGUUUUGCUUGGAUUGCUUCUUGCAGCUAACAUGGAGUUCUGUGGGAACAUUCCGCAAGGACUGCAAGUGGAUUGGGAAGCCAUGUUGAAUUUCGAUCCAAAUUCUUUUGUUGAUUCUGUGAAGAGCUGGUUGUAUCCAUCUCUCAAGAUGACAACAUCGUGGAAAGAAUAUCCAGAUGUGACAUCAACUCUUAAAACAACGGGGUCAGUUGUUGCUGCUCUGAGCUCUUAUGAUGGUUGAGCUCCUCAAGGUUUAAUUAUGGAACGCUGAUGUGAUUUUGUAAUUCAGACUCGUUUCUUUUGAAUUUUAAUCAACCGUACGUUCUGUGUCAAUCAAGUAGACAUAUGGCUCAGCAUCUGUAGCUAGAAACUGAAAGCACAUACACGCAAAUUUGGUCGUUAAAGCCCCUACAGGAGUAUAACAUUCUAGACUGACUCUCUCUCUCUGAGUUUCCCUUCAUUUUUCUUGUGUAAAAUUCAUUAUAUUUACUUACGGUACAGUUAACUUUUGGUAAUAAAAUUUGCAGAUGUACCCUGUAUUCAUGGGUAAA